AUGGAAUCUCUUAUAAAAUAUCAAAAACCGCCAUCUAUUUCAGGUGUAAUGAGGUUUCUACCGAUACUUAUAGUUGCCUUGGCGAUUUUCAUUCCGCUUUCAACGGCUAGAUAUGCUUCGGACCUGGCCGAUGUUGAAUUUUCGCCAAGCAGUGAAGUUUUGACAAGGGUUCGUCGGCAAGACGAUGGAGACGACGGAGGAGAUGGAGAAGACGCAGGAGAUGGAGAGGACGGAGGAGAUGGAGAAGACGGAGGAGAUGGAGAAGAUGGAGCAGACGGAGGAGACGGCGAAGACGGAGGAGAUGGGGGAGACGGAGAAGAUGGAGGAGACGGGGCGGACGGAGGGGACGGAGAAGAUGGAGGAGACGGAGCAGAUGGUGGAGACGGAGCAGACGGUGGAGACGGAGCUGAUGGAGGAGACGGAGCGGAUGGAGGAGACGGAGAUGGUGGAGGAGAUGGAGCAGAUGGGGGAGACGGAGCAGAUGGUGGAGACGGAGCAGAUGGAGGUGAUGAUACAGCGGAUGAUUCAAGCGAUACGGCCGACGACUCAAGCGAUACAGCCGACGAUUCAAGCGAUACGGCGGACGAUUCAGGUGAUUCGGGAUCAGAAUCAAGCGAUUCCGGAUCCGAUGAUUCUGCGGACGACUCAGGAUCUAACGAUAUGUCCGGAUCUGGUUCCAAUGGUGGUGGUGGCAAUGGGAGAAGGAUGAGAAUCAAAUUUAAGAAUUUACGCUUCCGCAACCUGCGCAUCAGAAAUCUAAGGAGGCAAGGUGGUGGCGGCGGUGGCGGUGGCAAUGGCGGAAAUAGAAGAAUGAGACGUCGCCCUGUUCGAAGAAUAGUUCGUCGUGUCCCUCGGCUCAAUUUUGAUAUUAAGCAAUUCAUUUCGAGCAGUCUUCCAUUCAGGGAAGCAGGCGUAAUGAGGUUUCUACCGAUACUUAUAGUUGCCCUAGUGGUUUUCGUCCCGCUUUCAUGGGCAAGAUAUGCUUCGGAGUUGGAGGAUGUUGAAUAUUCGCCAGGUGACAAGGCUUUAACUAGGGUUCGCCGGGCAGAGGGAGACGAUACGGCGGACGAUACUGCGGACGACACUGCAGAUGACACUGCCGACGACACUGCGGAUGACACUGCAGAUGACACUGCCGAUGAUACGGCGGACGACACUGCUGACGAUUCAUCCGAUACUGCCGACGAUUCAAGCGAUACGGCUGAUGACUCGAGUGACACAGCGGACGACUCAAGCGAUACCGCGGAUGACUCAAGCGAUACUGCCGAUGAUUCGAGUGAUACCGCUGACGAUUCAAGUGAUACCGCUGACGAUUCAAGCGAUACAGCCGACGAUUCAAGUGAUUCGGGAUCAGACUCCAGUGAUUCAGGUUCAGAUUCAAAUGACUCGGGCUCAAGUGAUUCCACGGACUCAACUGAUUCUGGCUCAGAUUCAAGUGAUUCAGGCUCAAAUGGCUCAGGAUCUAACGAUGUCUCUGGAUCUGGUACCAAUGGUUGCUCUAAUGGUGCUAGGCGGAAAAUCAAAUUCAAGAAUUUACGCUUCACCAAUAUGCGGAUGAAAAAUUUAAAGAGGCGAGGUGGCAGAAACGGCGGCAAUCGAAGAAGGAGGCGUCGCCCUGUUCGAAGAAUAGUUCGUCGCCGUCCUAUAAGAAGGAUAGUCCGUCGACCGGUUAGAAGACGCAAUCGUGGACGACGCGUCGCUAUCAGACCGGUGGCAGCUGGAUCACGAAGGAGAAUUUUGGUCAGAAGGAAUACGGGUGUGAGGAGGGUAGGUGUGACAAGGGUAGGUGCAAGGAGUAUGGGUGCCAGACCACGCGGAAGAGUAGUUCGUGUGCAAAGGGGAUGAACCAAUAUUCUGAAAUAAAAGAAUAUUUGUUUGACAUUGAAAUGUUAUUAUAAUAAAAUUCAGCAUUGCAA